AUGUUGUCGACCAAAUUCUGGAUCUGUCUGGCGCUCAUUCCGAUCCUGCAGAGCCUUCGGCCAGAGAUUGCCGAGCACGGUUUGAAGUGCACAGUGCCCGGAUCUCGCCCAUGGGACGACGGAUGCAUGUGCGACACGCACUUGGGACCAGGAUGUGGGCCUUUGCAGGGGAAGAAGGAGUUCUAUCCAGCUGAUGUCCCGAAAUCAUCCGAUUGCAAGUGCGUCACGCCCAUGGAGUCUCGUGAAGAGUCCCGCAAGUAUGGCGUGUACAACAUAACGAACGAUGCGGUGAGGUUCUGUGCAGGCUUGUUCACGAUGGUUGAAAAAGAUAUUCCCAGCGACAGCCGCGCCUAUCAAGUUCAUCAUUCGAUGAAAAACACCAUAAAUGCAGCACUCAGGCAUCCCGAAGUUGAAACCAUCUGCCAGACAGCUCUCACAGGCGAUGUGUCCACACAAACGGCAGACGAAGAGCUUGUCCAUUGGCAGAAAGCUCAGACACCACUUCCUACUAGUGAGACAAGAGUUGUGCAGGUCAUGGGGCGUCAGACAGCAGAGACUUGGCGAGUUCUUUUGAAGUCAGUGUGCCAUGACGAGUGCCACGAGCUUGUGGACAUGAUGAAGAACACGUCGGAUUUCAUUGCAGCAAGGGUUGCAGUGCACGGAGAUUCGAUUCCCGCAAAAUGUUCAAAUCUGGUGGUAAGCAAGGUCGAAGCAGAGAUUCUUGGCUGCUGCGCCAAGUCCUGCGGCUGGGAUGGCAAGGCACAGACCUGCCGGUACUGGCCCUUUCUAAAUCAGGAGGAGCAGGAUGGUUGGAACGAAAGAUGCUGCACCGAAGACACCAUCCUGCGGAUGUCUAGCCGAGAGGUCAUGUGCAACAGUGUCAAGCCGGAAGCGGAGCGGAAGAAGUUGGAGGAGCACGACCCGACACAAGCUGUCGAGCCUCGUGAUGCCCAGCUCGUCUCCCAGGACUUUAAGCCCUCGCUCCUGCAAACAGCGAAGUUGCAAGACAAAGAGACGAGUGGCGUCGGCGAUUGCAGUGACCUGCACAAGGCAUGCCCAAAAGACGACCAAAAAAUGCAUAUGAAACACUGCAAAGAGAAAGAGGCAGGAGAGUGGAACUACAUGGCGAGCGAACGGCACUUCAUGUUGAGCGAGGUGGACUGUGUGACUGAGAUCGACAAUAUCGAGAAGACCUCUCCCGAGAAGUGCCUGUCGAAGUUGAAGGAAAACCAGGGCAUGCGGUCUGCAUCGUGGCAGAGUGGAACGUGCCCCUUGGUAAAUGCGUCGUGUGCAGAGGCUUCACAAUAUGACAAGGAUGUGCAGAACGACUUCUUGGAUGCAGCCCAGGUGGUGCUGUUCAAGCUCGCGGCUAGAUGA